UAGUCAUGAGAAGAAGAACUGGGAACGAGGUUUAAAUAUGGUCAUCGUUGAUGACGUCACCAAGAAGGUGACAGAAAUCAAACAUUUUGAUACAUAUCUCGACGAUGCUAGUAUGGUGCGCUAUCUGAAGCUGGUUAUUCCCGACAAUCACAUAAUCCUGGUGGCGAGUUCAGACGAAAUGACCUACAAUUUACAUGAAGACGCAAAAGGUUGGUUGAUGAAGUACGGCAGUCAGGCGAUCACCGGGGCGAAAUUCCGCGAUAACUUUGUGAUGAUUGGACAGCGGGGUCUGACCCCGGGUGCAGCGGUUGAGCAACUUAUUCACAGGAACGUGGAAGAGGAGUUUGCGCAGGUCGCUGAAAUAAAAGGCUGCCUAUCUGUCCCGAUGGGACCCCUCACUAGGAUCGAGAUCAGUAAACCGCAGAUUGGUGACAAAUCCUCCAUGGAGCCUGGCUGGGAGUUACCAAACUGCGGCCUGGAGCAUCCGUGUGGUCCGAACACUUUCCCGGUUCACAUCUUCACCGCAAAAGGAAGGAACAACAUCAGGAAUAAGGGACCAAAGAUAUGUGUCAAUGGACAGUAUGUCCUAUCAGCUGGAGUGAACGACGCUGGCCGAGGUUUCAACAUUGCUAUCGUCGAUCCUAUUGAGAUCGAAGUCGUCCGUGUCGGCCAUUUUGAUACGUAUGCCGAGGACAGCAGCCAUUUGGAGAUCUUCCUUGAGAUGAUAAAAGAAGGGGAGAUUGUGUUGGCGGUGACGCACGAUGACGCUUCGAGAAAAUUAUCUGACCACGCCAAGCAUCUCUUCAACGAGUUAGGUAGCUCGCAGAUACAGAAUAUCCGCUUCAGAGAUAAUUGGUACUUUGUCGGACAGAAAGGCAUCAAUGGGUUUGGCGACCGAGAGCUGCUUGAGAAUGCUGGGCAGCAUGGGGAAUGGCCCAAGCCACUCGAUAAGAAGAUGUGUAUCCCGACAAGAAUCCAAGGCUACCGGAUCAAGCCAGAUCCACUCGUGAAUAGGAACAUGAAGAGGCGAGAAUUCUGCUCAAAGUUUGACGGUUACGGCGACUUCUGUGAUGUGAAUCGUGUUGACGAACCCCUGCGGCCAGCUCCACUGACCGACCGAGUCUUGCAGGGACACGCGAUCUCCGCCGUGCCCAUUGUUGUCAUUCCGGGGAUGAACUACAACGGUCUCAGGAUGCUACUGGAGACCGUACUGAUGCAGCCGGGUGUCGAUCCCAAAAUGGUGCUAGUUACUUAUGAUGAGAAGUUUUACGAAUGUGCAGAGUUGGCCAAAGUCUUUGACUUCAUACCCAUUAAACUCAAUAGCAGUGGCUCAUAUAUAGCUCAAAUGCAUCAAGCCAUUGAAGCAGCAUGGAAGAUCUUUCCUAACAAGGAGAGUGUGAUAAUCCUGGAGGAAGACUUGGUUCUUUCACCCGACUUUCUCUACUUUCUGGCGCAGACAUAUCAGGUCGUCCGACAGGAUAAGUCGCUUCUUGGAAUAUCUGCCUGGAACGAUAAUGGUUAUGAAGAGGUGUCGACGAACAGCACCCUGGUCUAUCGCAUCAGCUCAUCGUUCCCUGGUUUUGCAUUCCUCCUACAGAGGGCGUUCUUUGAGAAUCACAUGAAAAAUAAUCAACACUGGUGCUGCUGGAGAAGGUCGUGGCAGGGUUGGUUCCCUGGGGGUCUCAAUGGUAGUGAGAUCUUAAUCCCAGAUGUGUCGCGGGUAUUUCACCUGCCUUACGUGACGGCUAGGGGGCAGAUGCACUCUACGCUGUCCAAGGAGUUAUUCAAUAGAAAGCGAGUUACCAGCAGGGAACAAAAAGUCCAAAUCGCUCAUCCAUUCUCACUUACGAGAGAAAAAUACGAAGAUGAGCUGUUCCGAUUGAUACGGAGCAGUCAGCCAAUCAAAGAUGCGAAUUUCCUGCAGUGCAUUAUGGGUAAUUUAGAUCAGAGGUUCCAGCCAGCAGAAAAGGGGAAAGUUUAUAUCGUUUACUACGAGCAAGAUGAAGUGAACGAUUUCAUUCUGUUACGUCGUCUCUGCCAAUGUUUUGGUUUGUUCUCAUUGGAUGACUAUCCGCCUCGCAACCUCCAUCGCGGACUCGUCAGAUUCAACUAUUUUUUCAACGAGGUCCUCCUGGUCGGUUCCGGUACGGAAUAUUACGUCUACAAGCCACCCUCCAUCCAGUCAUUAUCUAAAGACAUACUCCGGACAGUCAGAUAGCGGUAAAAUGUCUUGCACAGAACACACAACAGUAUUACGACGGGGAGAGGGUAGAGAUGCCCAGAAGAAGGUAGAAUCACUGCAUUACACCAUUUUCCUAAUAUUUUAUGUGUUUUUGGUACACAUGGAUAAUAGCAUUCCGCGAAGUUACUAUUUAUAGCUCACAAGGUAAUUUGCAUAAGA